ACGCCAAUGGGUUUGCUAACUAUUUUAAGGAAAAUGAGGCAAAAAGAGCGGGAGAUGAGACUACUGAUACUAGGUCUGGACAACGCCGGCAAGACGACUGUUGUAAAGCGGCUGAACGGUGAAGACAUCAGCACCAUCCCUCCGACGCUGGGUUUCAGGAUCAUCACGUUGGAGCACAGAGACUACAAGUUAAACAUCUGGGACGUCGGUGGCCAGAAGUCUCUCCGCUCUUACUGGAGGAACUACUUUGAGCGUACGGACGGUUUGGUGUGGGUGGUGGACAGCGCCGAUCGACAACGCAUGGAGGACUGUAGGCAGGAGCUCCAUAAACUGCUUUUGGAGGAGAGGCUACUCGGAUCCACGUUGUUGGUGUUUGCGAACAAGCAAGACUUGCCAGGAGCCUUGUCAGAAGAAGCGAUUCGAUCUGCGUUGGCCCUGGAUGACAUCAAGAACCAUCACUGGUGUUUGAUUGCAUGCAGCGCAGUGACGGGACAGAAUCUUCUCGCAGGAGUGGACUGGUUGUUGGAUGAUAUAGCGGCAAGGAUCUUCAACGCUGAUUGA